UUCCCUCUCCGAUUUGGGAAUUGAAAAAUCGAGGCGUCGAUGAGCGGCGAAGAGGAUUUCGAAGAAUGGGACGCCGAUUUUUUGGAACAAUUGAUCCAGGUUGAAGAAAUCGCCCUCUCCGCUAAUCCCAACACCACCACCUCCGCCACCCAAGCCGUUGCUCCACUCUCCAGUCGUCCUCCACACCUACCCCAGCAACAUCAACAAAUUUACAAUCACGAUUUCAGUUACUCGCCUCCCAGGGAGCUGUCUCAGCGGCCUCCCAAUGAUUCUAGCUACUUCGAUCGUUCAAUUAGUGGCAUUACGACGGAAGUUACUUCUUGCAGAUCGUCAGUUCAGUGCGUUCCUAAGGCCGAUAGAGCGAAAGACCUUGAAAUUCAGCGAUUAAAGGGUGAGCUGGGACGUGUCUCAAAGCAGCUAACAGAGCUGGAAUAUGAAUGCUCUGAACUGCGAAAGGAAAGAAAGAAGAAGGAUGAGCAGCUAAUAUCUGUAUGUUCACAUUAUGAAGAAAAGGGUUCUGGUUUUCACUCCAUGAAGUGUACAGACUUUGGCAGGGGACGUGGAGUUGUUACUGAAGACCCUCGUAAGGUUUCCCAACAAUUUAAGCAGGCAAAAUCUAUCAAUGAAAUUGUUGGUUCUCGUAAUAAUGAUAGAAGAACGAUAUCAACCUGUAGAGCAAUAGGAGUUCAGACCGAGAAAGCCAUUGAUGUUAUCCCUAUCACUUCGCAUGGUGAUCAUCCUACCUGUCCUGACCUUUCUGAGAAAUUGAUGGGCAUUUGGCAAUCCACUAGUGACCAAGAAUUUGAAAAGAAACUGAUUUCCGCAUUGUUCAGGACUUGUGCAACUGAUUUUCAUGUUCUUUUUGGGUGCAUGGGGAUGAAUGCAUCGCCCAAAAUGAGAGGGGAUUCUAUGGCAGAUGAAAGCACUUCUGUUGUAGCUCUGGAUUAUUGGUUGCACUCUCCUUGUACUUCUGAAGCUGAAAAAGUUUCUCAUCUGUACUCUGUAUUGACUAAGAUCAGUACUGGGAUGCUGAAGUUGGAUGCUUUGUUUAAACUGUUAGUUGAUCUCUGUAGCCUUGAAAAUGUUGUUAUUGUUCAUAGAUCCCUACGUAUACUUCGCGUAUUUUUGAAGCACCUCUUUUACUGGGGAAGGAAAGCUGAAUUAAGGGACAAUGUGAAGUUCGAGGGGCUUUGCUCCAGCAACAAACUUGAGGAUUUUUCUGGACCCGAAUGCAUGAAAAAUAGGGCCUCCUGUUUUGUGGCUAAGGAUGGUACAUUUUAUGCAGGCAAUAUGCCAUUUGGAAUUCAGCCUUCUACUGCUGAAAUUCUGUGUGAGAAGGAACCACGGAAUCAUGAGACUUCAGUGCUGCUUUCUUGCAUAAACUGGGGUUCUCUCUUUGAGCAUAUGCAUCAAAUUGCCAUGAAGAGUACUGAAGAGUGUAUAAGAUUAGAAGCAGUCUCUACUAUGAAUGAGAUUGUGAUGAGGAAUAGCACUUAUGUGGAGAGGGAAAAGUUUGGUACAACACUACUGUUUGAAAGCAUUUCACAGUUACUGAGAAAAGAAUCUGGCUUGCUUGUGCAGAAGGAAGCUCUACAUCUCCUACAUUUGCUUCUAAACUGUCCAAAACUACUGGCCAUAUUCUGCUCUAGCUGUAUCAAGGGGGACAGUACGGGUGCUGCUGACGAUGAUGUUUUGAGCUCUUUGACAUGUAAAGGACUCCAUAGCAUCCUUGAGAGCUUGACAGAUUGCAUAGCUUGCACCGGCAAUGGUGUAAAGGUGUUGGAACUUCGGAGAAAUUCUAUUAUUUUGCUGUCUUUCUUAGCCUCAACUGGGAGGUCUGGUGUGGAAAUACUGAUAAAUUACAAGCUAUCUAGAGAGGCGAACUUUCUUAUGUUCAUAUUGCAAGUACUGGUGUCAGAGGUGGAUGCAGAAGCAGCAGUCUGUGCUGAACCAAGAAUAUGUUCUGAGCCAGCAGAUAUUUGCAAGGCAAGGAACUUGCUGAUGCGGGAGGUGCUGAUAUUGCUUAACAGACUUGUUUCAAAUGCUGCUUAUUCUGCGUCUGUCUUGCGAGUAUUAACAAAUAGUCGAGAUAUGGCCAGUCUUACCAUUGACAUUGCGAAUAGGUUGUCCCGUUGGAACCAGAAACUGUGUCAAUUGGACAGCACGGCCAGACAGAUGAGGGAGUCUGAAAUAAUUGACUUGGCUCGAGUUUUUAAAAGAAGGGUUUUUGCUUAUUUAGGGGAGAAUGUAUCAUAACCCCCGCAACGCAUGUACAUUUUUUGGUAAAUUUUGCUCGAUGACAUGCGUGAUGCGUGUCUAUGGAAAUAGCAGAGGCAGCAUUUUUUUGUAAGAUUAGCUUUUGAGGCUGAAAAUUUGACAGGUACCUAGAGACUGCCACUCAUCAAUUUUGACAAGAACCCUUGUGAGACACAUUCGGAUCAAGUUCUUGAGAGAUGCAGAUAUUCAGCCCUUUUGGGCAAGUAGCUGAUCGUCUCUUAGUGGGUCUCAUCGCCCACAUCUAAGUAGCACAAUUUUUUCCUGCUUGUGUAAUUAAAGAUAUCUGGAAAAAUAAAGAAUCCAUGAUCUGCUAGUGAUUUGAAGUAUAUAUGGUAAGCAUUUCCUCUUUACGUCCUAGGAAUGGCUUGAUGAAGACGUGUAGUAAAUCAAACAAAUAUUGGCAGCUCUAUGAGGCGUGGGU